UGCUUAAUUUGCAGAGCUGUGGAGGAUGUAAAGCGAAAUAAAAACCACUGAAGGAAAGGAAGUUUGGCCUUGCAGGAACUCAAUAACUUGAUCUUGAGAUAUGAGGGGGAAAAAAGAUAAGGCACAUGUCGUGUUAAAGAUGUUAAGUGAUGCUUUCACAACACUUUUUCACGCACUUGUUCUAACAUCAACGCAUCUCACUUUUUCAUUACUAAACCUGUUUUAAAGAGUUUUUCUUAUUGGACUAAAACCAAUCGACAAAAUUUCACAUGGUUUGGUUCUGUUUGUGCUUGUGGUGUCUGGCUGGUGUGUUUGGGGGUAUUCAUGGGCUGAAGGCGGUGUCAGUAACGGAGGAACAAUCUGUCACUUUACACACGGACAGAGAAAUGAGAAAAAAUGAUCGGAUUCUAUGGAGGUUUGGACCAGAAAACCUUUUAAUAGCUGAAAUUAGUGUAGAGGACAAAAGUGUGACUGUGAAAGACUACGAUGGACGAUUCAGAGGCAGAAUGAAUGUGGAUCAUCAAACCGGAUGUUUGACCAUCACAAACACCAGAAUUGAACACGCUGGACAUUAUGAACUCCAGAUCAACUCUAGGAAGAGGUUUUUCCUUCUCACUGUCAAUGUCAUGGUUGUCAGUAAUUACGAGAUGAAGUCAGUUUCAGUGAUGGAGGGAAACUCUGUCACUCUACACUCUGAUACCGAAAUAAGGAACAAUGAUCUGACUCAGUGGAGGUUUGGAGGCUAUCUGAUAGCUGAAAUCAAGGAAAUGUCCAACAUCACUGUAUACGAUGAUGUUCUUGAAGGGAGAUUCAGAGACAGACUGCAGGUGGAUGAAGAAACCGGAUCUUUGAACAUCACGAAUGUCAGAUUUGAACACACUGGGUUUUAUAAACAACAGACCAACUCUUUCAACAAGGUUUUUACUCUCAGUGUCUAUGCUCCUCUGCCCGUUCCUGUCAUCUUCAGCCACUGUCCUCCUUCAUCUUCGUCAUCAGCAUCCAGAUGUGUGCUGCUGUGCUCAGCAGCGAAUGUGGAUGAUGCGACUCUCUCUUGGUACAGAGGAUACAGUUUAUUGUCCUACAUCAGCGUGUCUGAUCUCAGCGUCAGUCUCUCUCUGCCUCUGGAGGUGGAAUAUCAGGAUCAAAACACCUACAGAUGUGUGCUGAACAAUUCGUUCACUGAGCAGACUCAACAUCUGGACAUCAGUGAACACUGUCACAUAUGCUCAGACUCAGUUUGCGGUUGUGGCACCGUUCAGGCUGUGAUCCGAUUGGUCGUCACUGCUCUUGUGGGCGUGGCUGCCGUGGCCGCUGCUGUUGUUUUACAUUAUGACAUCAGAUCCAGAAGAGCUGCUCUUUUAGGCACAGCUGAGCCAGAUUGUGAAGAGAUUUAAAAACAACAUUACUAUAUAUACUCUGUACUAUAUGGAAAGCCAAAGAAGUUUAAAUGACGAUUAAAACCAUUAUAAUAAUCUCA